AUGCCAGUUCUCGCAGGAUGCGAAGGGGCCGCAAUCCCUGCUAAUUUGGUGUCCCAGACCCAAUCAUACAAUUCUAACCUGAUUGAGAAUUCUUUAUCGUGUGAACAGCAGGUUACGUCUUCUCGUCAUGUUCUAUACUCGCGGCCAUUGUUUCACCUAACCGCUCCCCGCGGCUGGUUAAACGACCCUUGCGGCCUUGGAUAUGACCCUGCGACUGGCCUAUAUCACCUAUCCUUUCAAUGGAACCCGAAAGGCAACGAUUGGGGGAACAUUUCCUGGGGACAUUCAGUUUCACAGGACCUAAUAUCCUGGAAGACAUCCCCGGAGCCAUGUCUAACACCUUCAGCCGAGUACGAUAGUUGCGGCAUAUUCACAGGCUGCUUCCGGCCUUCUGAUAUCAACGGGGUUGCCGGGGCUCUCACGUAUAUAUACACUUCGGUGAGGCGUUUGCCUUUGCAUUAUACUUUGCCCUAUGAGGUUGGAAGCGAGUCGCUCAGUAUAGCUGUUUCGCGGGAUAAUGGUGUAACAUGGCAGCGUCUAGACUCCAACCCAAUUCUACCGGCGCCUCCUCCCGAUCUUAAUGUGACUGCUUGGCGAGACCCUUAUAUAGGAGUGUGGACAGCAAAGCAAGGUGAACACGACAAUGACAUAUUGCCGCCUCUCAGUCUCUCUGGGUUUCUCUCCGGAGGAAUCGCGGGGCGAACACCAACAGUCUUCGUUUACUCAGUCAAUCCUGAUGAUCUUAGAGAAUGGACGUAUGUGGGGCCUCUGGUCAACGUUGGGCUAAACUUCCGGCCAUCUAGGUGGUCGGGCGACCUGGGGGUGAACUGGGAAACCACAAACUGGGUAGUACUAACCGACCACGAAGGAACCACGAAAAACUUUAUUAUUAUGGGCGUAGAAGGGUGUUUGGUGUCUGAGAGGGAGCAGAAGAGGGUCUCUCGAUCGCAGCUAUGGAUGGCCGUAGACCCCCGUCCUGAACAACCGAAGAGCGAGCCAAUAGAUGCCCUCACAGACUAUGCAUUUUCCGGAAUAUUCGAUCACGGAUGCGCCUACGCCGCUAAUUCCUUCUGGGAUCCCGUCACGUCACAAUAUAUUGUUUAUUGCUGGAUCACAGAAGAGGAUCUUCCAGAUGGCAUCCGGCAUCGACAAGGCUGGAGUGGUGUGAUAUCUCUCCCACGCAGUCUAAAGCUGACGACAUUGCGCAAUGUUACAAAGACACGUCACUCGAACCUGAGCGAUGUUACGUCUAUUGAGAAGGAAGCCAACGGCGAAGGGAGUUUUACAAUCCGGACGUUAGGCGUUGAGCCGGACCAGAGACUGAAGAAACUCCGCGGGGAAGCCCAGAGCAUUACGAAUGUCGCGUUAUGGGACCGGCAACAUUGUGGCAAUUACUUAUCCUUGACAACAUCACGGUGGGAGCUAGAGGCCGAGUUUGCGGUCGGGAAGCUGUGCAAGCUGGUGGGGAUAGAAUUUCAGCACGACUUAGAUCCUCGUAAUAGCACCGUCCUAGCAUGGGCACCAUGCAGUGAGACAUUCUCAAUCCACAGACCUCCUCCUUAUGACCCGGGCAUCAACCAUAAUCCAGAGAUCGCACCGCAUACCUUGUUUACUUUUGCAGAUGAGAGCGGCAUGGAGAAAGAAGAGACACUUCGGAUCCAUGCAUUCCUCGAUCGAAACGUGCUAGAAGUCUUUGUAAAUGAGAGAACAGUCAUCUCAACACGUAUUUACACGCCAUGUGUCGAGUCUGUCAGUCGUCUACGAUUCUUUGCUGAAUUAGACCCCAGUGCACCAAAUCUGAAGCAUGCUCCUGCUGUUCUCCUAAAAGCGGAUUUGUGGGAUGGACUGGAAGCAUCAUGA